AUGUUUAGUAUUUGGGAGAAACAAAGCUACCUAAAGCAUGAUGUAAUCAUAGUAGGAGGUGGGAUAGUUGGGUUAUCAGUUGGUUGUUCUAUUUUAGAAAAAAAUUCAGAUAAAAAAAUUCUUAUUCUUGAAAGAGGUAUUUUACCUACAGGAGCUAGCACUAAAAAUGCAGGAUUUAUAUGCACAGACAGUUUAACAGAAUUUGUUGAAGAUAUUAAAAAGAUGGGUGAAAAAGAAGCUAUUGAUUUAUUUUGUUAAAGAUACUAAGGUUAUAAUCAUCUACUUAAAAGGUUAGGUUAAAGAGGAUGUGAUGCUAAGUUUUAAGGAUCUUACGAAUUGAUUGAUUAACAAGAUUUUGAUGUUUCGCUUAUAGAUUAUGCUAAUAAUUUGUUAAGAGAUAUUUUUAAGAAAGAUAUUUUCACUCUUCGCAAUGAUCUGAUCAAUUAGUUUGGGUUUAAUUAAAAUAAAGUUAAAUUCAUGAUAGAGAGUAGUAUUGAAGGCUAAAUAGAUACUGGUCUUGCAAUGAGAAAUUUAUACAAAUACUUUGUUUCUCUAGGUGGUCUUUAUCUUACAGGAGCUGAAGUCAAAAAUUAUAAAAAGAUUGAUAAUUAAUGUAUUUAGGUUAAUGUCAAGAAUACAAACUCUGCUGAAGAUAUAAUUUUUGAAUCUUAAAAUUUAGUAUUUUGUACAAAUGGAUUCACAAACAAUUUGAUUAAAUCAGAACUAAAUUUAGUACCAGGAAGAGGUUAAGUAAUUGUUACUAAGCCUAUUGAAAAUCUCAAAUUUAAAGGAAUAUUCCAUAUGGAUGAAGGCUUUUAUUAUUUCAGAGACUACUAUGGAAGAGUAAUAUUUGGAGGAGGAAGAAAUACAGAUUUUAUAGGAGAAACAACUACGAAAAUUGAAACAACAACUAAAAUAAUAAAUAACCUCAAAGUCAUAUUGAAAGAAGUUAUUUUACUAAACACUCCUUUUGAAGUCGAUUAUGAGUGGUCUGGGAUUAUGUGUUUCUCAAAAGAUGGAAAAGGUAAAAAUCCAAUAGUUGAAUAAUUAGAAAAGAAUAUUUUUGUUGCUGCAAGAAUGAAUGGCUAAGGUGUAGCUAUUGCUUCUAAUGUUGGAGAGCAAAUAGAAAAAAUGAUUUACCCUAAAAUAAAGUUAUGA